UAUAUAUCUUCUACAACUCAUCCCUUCCAAAACUCUAACCUUAACCCUAACCCUAACCCUAACCCUAAUCCUCACAGCCAUGUUACUCCCAACCCUUGUUCCAUUACUUCUCCUUCUCCUUCUCCUUCUCCUUCUUUACAAGACUUUCAGAAGAAAGCUCCCACCAGGGCCAAGGCCAUGGCCAGUGGUGGGCAACUUAUAUGAUAUUGAACCGGUCCGGUUCAGGUGUUUCUGGGAAUGGUCUAAAAAGUACGGUCCAAUCAUGUCGGUCUGGUUCGGUCCAACACUGAACGUGGUUGUGUCUAGCCCGGAGCUAGCAAAGGAAGUGCUGAAAGAACAUGAUCAUAAGUUGGCCGACCGGUCCAGAACCCGGUCCUCAGCCCGGUUCAGCCGGAACGGGUCGGACCUUAUCUGGGCCGAUUAUGGAGCUCAUUACGUGAAGGUGAGAAAGGUUUGCACUUUAGAGCUUUUCUCUCCAAAGAGACUUCAAGCUUUUAGGCCUAUCCGGGAACAUGAGGUCUCUGCCAUGGUUCACUCCAUUUUCAGCAACGUCACUCAACAAGAGAACAAAGGGAAAAGCUUUGUAUUAAGGAGUCACUUAUCAAGUGUGGCAUUCAACAACAUAACAAGGCUUGUGUUUGGGAAGAGGUUCAUGAACUCAGAGGGCAUGAUGGAUGAGCAAGGACUGGAGUUCAAGGUCAUUGUUUCCAAUGGGUUGAAGUUUGGUGGUUCUCUUGGUAUCCCUGAGCACAUACCUUGGCUCAGAUGGAUGUUCCCUUUGGACGAAGAGGCUUAUGCCAAGCAUGCCAACCGCCGGGACCGUCUCAGCAAGGCCAUCAUGGAUGAGCACACUCAAGCUCGCAACAUCUCCGGCGGCGCCAAGCAGCAUUUCAUUGAUGCUUUGCUUACUCUUCAACAUCAGUAUGAGCUCAGUGAGGACACCAUCAUUGGACUUCUUUGGGACAUGAUAACGGCUGGAAUGGACACAACAGUGAUAACAGUAGAGUGGGCAAUGGCAGAGAUAGUAAAAAAUCCAAGAGUCCAAGAUAAAGCACAAGAAGAGCUUGAUCGAGUGAUUGGUUCAAACCGCAUCAUCACUGAAGCUGACUUCCCAAGCCUACCCUACUUAAAUGCACUAGUAAAAGAAGCUCUUCGGCUCCACCCUCCAACACCAUUGAUGCUCCCUCACAAAGCCAGUGCCUCUGUGAAGCUCGGUGGCUAUGACGUGCCUAAAGGUUCCGUCGUGCAUGUGAAUGUGUGGGCUAUUGGCCGAGACCCAAGCAUGUGGAAGAAUCCGUUGGAGUUUCGGCCCGAAAGGUUCUUGGAGGAGGAUAUUGAUAUCAAAGGACAUGAUUUUAGGGUGUUACCUUUUGGUGCCGGUAGAAGAGUUUGUCCGGGGGCACAACUGGGAAUUUACUUGGUGAUGUCGAUGUUGGGGCAUUUGUUGCAUCAUUUUAGAUGGAGAUUGCCGGAGGGAGUGGAGAAUGAGAAUGUGGAUAUGGGGGAAAACCCUGGGUUAGUCACAUUCAUGAGCACGCCAUUGCGAGUUGUGGCCACACCGAGGUUACCGGAGGCUCUUUAUAAGCCAGUAGAAGUGGAGAUGUGAGCAUGCAUGAGUCUUAUGUUGGAAAGAAAAACAAAUUUUGGGUUUUGUUACUAUCUUUGGAUAGUUUGAAUGAUUAAUAAUCACUUGUUUGAAAACCUAUUUGGUAAUUAAAGUAAGCAUAAAAUAGCUUUUUGCUGUUA